AUGUCAGCCGACACAGAAAAUGUAUUUAGACAGCUGUUCAAGAACUGGAACCAAAGAUCAACUUCAGGAUCUUCUUCUGCCAACGCACCUCGACCUAUUCUUUCCGACUGGACAGAUUAUGUGAAAACAGGUGCAAAUAACUUGUAUACCAAACUUCCUACUUCAGUGCAAGAACUAGGUAAUACAAAUGCAACAAAUGUUGACGAACCGCGAUGGUUCCAGUUAUCUCGAGUUGAGAGAUUGAUUGGAUUCAGUUGUUGUCUUGCUGCUUCCGUGUUAUGUUUUGUCUUAUGUUUUUUUAUGUUCCCCGUAUUGGCACUCCGACCAAGAAAAUUUGCUUUGUUAUGGACAGGUGGAUCAGUGUUAUUCGUGGUAUCAUUUGGUGUAUUACAAGGUCCUUACAACUACAUACGGCAUUUAACUUCGAGGGACCGUAUUGUGUUUACAACAGUGUUCUUUUCCAGUAUUUUAUUAACACUUUAUAGUGCUGUGGUGAUUAAGAGUACAAUUGCUACAAUAUUUUCCAGUUUGAUUGAGUUCUUUGCGGUUCUUUAUUACACCUUUAGUUACUUUCCAUUUGGAGCUACAACAUUAACCUUUUUCACAAGUUAUAUCAUGGGAUAUCUUGGUGGAUUAAUCGGAGGCAUUCUCUAA